AUGGGUCAUUUCCGGCGCUGUCGGUUUAGGAGCUGUUGGGUUAUAUUAUUGGACAAGCUGGCCCCAGACGAGAGACGUGCCCUGCACGGGCUGCCCCUCAGCGUCAAAGAGAACGUCAUGGUCAAGGGCUUGGACUGCACGCUGGGGCUGCUCAAGAAGGUGGGUCAGCCCGCCCCUGUGGACGCAGAUGUCGUCACGGUCCUCAAGGAGCUCGGGGCCGUGCCCUUCGUGAAGACCAACGCGUCGCAGCUUUGUAUCAGCCCUGGCUGCUCGAACCCUCUGUGGGGCGCUGCACGACAUCCGCUCAACGCAGCGAGGACCCCUGGCGGCUCCUCUGGCGGUGAAGGGGUUCUCAUCAGAGACGGAGAUCGUUGUUACAGAUAGGACGUAAAUUAUGAUAUUUCAUCAAAU